AUGGCAGCAAAAAAAAGUAAAAAAGCCACUGAAUCGAUUAAUUCACGUCUUGCACUUGUCAUGAAAAGUGGUAAAUACACUUUAGGAUAUAAAUCUACGCUUAAAACUUUACGUCAAGGAAAAGGCAACAUUUCUCUUGGUACUGCUUGCGGUAAAUACUUUCGUGUUUGUGUGUUAAGCAUUACUGAUGCCGGUGAUUCUGAUAUUCUUGCAACUUCUAGCCAAUAA